UCGUUACCGUUUAGUUCUUCCUUCCAUCUCUUCAAGAUUUUCUCUCUUGUUGAUCCGUCUUCAAUCUUUCUUUCUGUAUUUUCCACCCAUUUUCCCAGAAAGCUCGAAGCUAUUCUUUCCUCCUCCUUCUUCAUCUUCUUACAAACUAACGCAUUCUUUCUUCCCCUGUUCUCUGAGAAUGUCUGCCAAACCAAUCUUGAAUGCUCUUGAGGCUACUAGCCGUAAUUUCCAACAAGCCGCUCGCUUGCUCGGAAUAGAUUCCAAGCUGCAGAGAAGCCUGUUGAUCCCUUUCAGGGAGAUCAAGGUGGAGUGCACGAUUCCGAAGGAUGAUGGGAGCUUGGUGUCAUAUAUUGGGUACAGAGUACAGCACGACAAUGCUCGUGGUCCCAUGAAAGGUGGGAUCAGAUAUCAUCAUGAGGUUAAUAUUGAUGAAGUAAAUGCUCUUGCUCAACUUAUGAGCUGGAAGACUGCUGUGGUAGAUCUUCCUUAUGGUGGUGCCAAGGGUGGAAUCGGAUGCAACCCAAAAGAUUUGAGCACUAGUGAAUUGGAAAGACUAACUCGAGUUUUUACUCAAAAAAUUCAUGACCUUAUUGGAAUUCAUACUGAUGUUCCAGCCCCUGACAUGGGCACUAAUGCUCAGACAAUGGCUUGGAUUUACGAUGAAUAUUCAAAGUUUCAUGGUCAUUCACCGGCCAUUGUUACAGGAAAGCCUCUUGAUCUCCGGGGAUCACUGGGUCGGGAAUCAGCAACCGGGCGUGGAGUUGUCAUUGCAACUGAAGCACUUCUUGCAGAACAUGGGAAGUCAUUAAAGAAUUUGACAUUUGUUAUCCAGGGUUUUGGUAAUGUGGGGUCAUGGGUAGCAAGGCUUCUCCAUGAAAAAGGUGCUAAGAUCAUUGCGGUGAGUGAUAUCACCGGUGCUAUUAAGAACCCAAACGGAAUUGAUAUCCCAAAAUUACUGAAGCAUAAAGAAAAAACCCGUAGUUUGAAGGACUUUCCCGGCGGAGAUGAUUUGGACCCUACAGAACUGCUUGUUCAUGAAUGCGAUGUUCUAAUUCCAUCUGCUUUAGGCGGAGUUAUAAACAGGGAAAUUGCUAAAGAUGUGAAGGCAAAGUUUAUAGUUGAGGCAGCAAAUCAUCCUACUGAUCCCGAGGCUGAUGAGGAACUGUCUAAAAAAGGAGUUGUAGUGCUACCAGAUAUAUAUGCAAAUGCUGGAGGUGUGACCGUCAGCUAUUUUGAAUGGGUUCAGAACAUUCAAGGUUUCAUGUGGGAUGAGAAGCGAGUGAACUGUGAAUUACAAAAGUAUAUGACCAAAGCCUUCCAUGACAUAAAGGACAAAUGCAAAACUUUUGAUUGCAAUCUUCGGAUGGGUGCUUUCACACUUGGAGUUCAACGUGUUGCUCGUGCCACUCUUCUUAGAGGUUGGGAGGGAUAACUCUCUCUCUCUGCUUCUUUCAAUAUCACUAAUUACAGAAAGCUGACUGAAAGAGAGAGUAAUUAGCUUGGCAGAUUUGCAAGCAUAUAUAUAGUCAUUUUCUAUCACAGUUGGUGCUAUAUGCUCAUUCUGAUAUACUCAGGGGCUUCUUAAGUUUUGCAACAGAAGUGUAAAGCUUGCUUGAACAAGUUGUGAAUGCCUAAUUAAUGGGCUAUGGUGAAUACGCAAUGAAUUAUUGUUAUUCUUUUCAAA